AUGCCUCCCUUCCGCAUGCCAUUUACCUCGAAGCGCCCGACUGCCCCCAUUGAGACCAACGACGAGAACACUCGCCCCAACUCUGUCGACGGCAAUGUCAAGAGUCCGUAUAGCAGGGAUAAGCCGUCGUUAGCAUUAGGAAUCAAGGAAAAGACGGUCGAGCCCAACGAGUUCAAACUGAGUUCCGUCAACGACAGUGGUGAAUAUCUCCCUCCAUCACCUACGGAAAAGCAGUCCUUCUGGGCAAAGUCGCCGUCCUCUACCACCACCAACCAUCGCCAAUGUUUCAAUGACAACGAGGCGUUCACCAUCUCUCGCGAAUCUUUCGAGUCAUACAGAAGAUCUUUUGACAUUUCCGGCCGCUCUCCCAUUAUCCAAAGCGACAGCUUCACCUCGCGCACAUCUCUCGAUUCGCGACCAGCGACCCGCUUCCCCACGCGCUCAACACUAAGCAGCACGACAUUUGAGAGACCCACCGCCGCAGAGGAUCCGAUCUUUGAGGAUGUGAAACUGAAUGAAGAAGCGAGCAAGCCUCAAGAGCCCAAGAAGAAGAGUUUCCUGUCCCGAUUUGGCGAUUCCAACGGCGAGACCGUCACCACGAAUGCCGCCACCAAGGAAGAGGGCAAGCACCACUUCCAUUUCCUCCCAGGACGGAAACGGGGCCAAAGUGGGACUGGUAAUGAACUAGGAGACAUUCCACGGCCACAGAGCCGGGGCAAUGCGGAAGUAACGGUACGAUAG